AUGCUCAGCACGGCAGAAGCUAUCCCGUUGGAUAUGAAUGUGCCAAGACUCUACGGUGUACGCUGGAUCCUAUGUUUCUCUCUCCUUGCUAAUGUUGACAAAGCUCAAAUAUAUGAGGGUCUAAAACUCGGUCUGGCGCAUACUAUUUAUGCCAUUCCCUGGAUUGCUGGUAACGUGAGUACGAAAGUUGAUCCAAAGGGCAUUAGAAGCCAGGUUGUAGAUGGGUCUGGGGGAGUUAAAUUUCUCUCUAAAGAUCUCAGCGGGAUCCUACCAUCGUAUGCGGAGUUGCAAAAUAAACAUUUCCCGCUUUCCAAAUUCCAAACCGCUCAAUUGGCCACUGUAGCUGUCAUACCUGAACCGCCUCAUGUCUAUGACCCGAUUUCUAAAGACCGUACACCCCUAAUGACAGGCUAUCCAGUGGCGGAUUUGGCCAGAUUUUCAGAAACCGCUGCAUCCGCCUUCUCCACAAACGACGCCCUGUGUGCAUUCCUUUGGCAGCGUAUGACUCGGGCACGAAACCCUACUGAGGUGGAAGAGGUAGAUAUAAACGGAAAUAGUAAAAUAAAACUAAAAAUGUCAUCCCUUUUCUUCUCAGUUAACAGAAGGCGCCGUAGGAGCCCACCACUCCCACCCACCUACCUAGGCAACGUAUUUCUGGCCGUGACCACGGAACGGCUUCCCAUUUCCAUUCUCACUGCUACUGAUUCUGAUUCUGGGCUCUGUCGCGCUGCAGCUACCAUACGCAGAUCGCUGAAUACCAUAAAUUCCCCAAACCGCGUGCCGCUGGAGAUUGGUCUUGUCGACUCGCAGCCGAAUCCCACUGAUUACAAGGUCGCAUAUAGUGGCUUCCUUGGUCCGGAUAUCUCUGCGACGUCAUAG